CAACAUUAAAAACUCGAUCCCUUCAUGGAGCUCAAGGACGAUGCCCUCACCAAGGCUGUCUUCUUCCUGUCCACGACGGCCGCAGCAAGCUCUACCGCCUGCUUCAGUAUGGCUCCAAAUUCACGAAAUGGGCACUGAUUCAGCUCUGGGAAAUGGAAGGCAGCACCUCCAGCCACAUGCAACAAUGCGAUAAUGAGCCGGAGAAGACUCCAUCGCCACAUGAACUGAAGAAGCCGGCAUCGGACUGGAAAAGGAGGGCGAUAGCGUCACUGGGCCGAGCGGAGCUGAUCUUCGGCGACGCUCGUCGGUUUUUCCGCUUCCUGCAGUUUUUAGAGAUGGCAGACAUUUACCGCCAUGUUCGAGAGCCUCUCCGUGCGGUGAGGGUGCUACGAAGGCUGCGCAUCCUGUGCUUCUUCUUCUUCUACUUUAUUGAGAAUUACGUCGUGCUCUGCACGCGCGUGCUAGGCGUAUCGUCACGGGGACCGCUCAUGCGGAGAUUGAGACGCAGUUGCAACGGGUUUUGGUUAUUAAGCAUUCUGCUAGCGUUCCCGUUAGAUUACAUGAUGCACCGUGGCACGAUGCUUUCGACAGUGAAGAAGCUGCUUGAAUUGCCAGUGGCGUUCGUGGGAUUAUCUGGGCUACGCGUGAACGACGGGCUUUUUAGUGCGCUGGGCUUAGCAUCCGCACAAAUAGGCGUGUACAGUCGAUGGGCUGACGUGAUGACUAAGUUCCAGAAGCAGCACUUGAUGCGACUUGCAGCGACUCCUGACGUUAUUUAGGGCAAGUCCUGAGGUUUUGUGCCACCCAGUUAUCAGGAACUGUCACUACAAUGUAUGUAGGUUGGAACCUUUCAAAUGCUUCUGGAGCCAAAGAUUUUGCUCAUUACUAUAAUGAAAUGCCCUGCACCGAAACCACCAUCGAGGUUUCACAUGCUUUCAGCUCCACCACAACUGCCCAAAGAACAGCAGAUGAAUAAGCAUGGCAGUUGCCUUCAAGCAGAUAAGAAAC